AGUGCUUGGAGAACUGAGCUUUUAGUCAGCUUUUAUGUUGUACUAUCUGCUGCUGUGUACAGAUAAACUAACUUUUGGAGCUGGAACUAAACUGACCGUUACUCCAAAAGACCAGAAUCCAACAGGUCCUCAGCUGAAUAUUACCGUAAUAAAAACCAAAAACAAUAAUAAGGCAGCAGUGUGUCUGGCUUCGGAUUUCUACAGCUCCUCAAAGAACUUGAUAUUAACUUCGGAAGGCAAGGAUCUGUUAAAGGCUAACAUGGAAAAUGCAGCGUUGUCCUUAACCAAGAAGUUAUAUAGUUUUGCUGGUGUUAAGGAAAUAAAUUCAAUGAAAGAACUGACUUGUAAUGUGGAUAACAAAACGGUAUCUUACAAGGAAAAUAUAGAAUCAACUCCAUCAACCAUCAAUGCUACACCACCUACCAAAACCUGCAAUGCAACUGAUGCAUGGAAGCAGCCUGAAUCAAAUGAUUUAACAAAGAUUAAUUUUCUGUCUCUGACUGUAAAUGGACUAAGAGUGCUGUUAGCAAAGUGUGUGGCUUUUAAUCUACUGAUGACAGCCAGAGCCACCAUAUUCUAAAAGCAAGAAUGGCAAAAUCUAAAUAAGGAGAGCUACUGUUUUUGAUGUCAAUUUUUCUUUUUUUUUUGCUUUUAAAAUAUUUUGUUUUUUAUUUUAUGUAUCAUUUGCUUAUUUCUGUAUUCAUAAUCAAAAUAAGCUUGAAUUUUAAUUAAAGAAAUAUUAUGGCAAAAUCAUAUUUUAAAACACUUAUGUAACGCA